GCAAAUGUCAUGUUAUGUUAUACCUGUACGUUUGUAAGACAAUAUACCUAAUACCGACAAAUAACAAGUGGCACUUCGACAUUUCAUCAUUGUUACGUUCCAUACUCCAAAGUGUUCAACUGAAUCAAAUUUACGAUAAACCGUGCCUUCAACUCAAUUCGGACAAAAAUGCCGUGCAUUCAGCUUCAAUCAUCAGAAGGGGAAGUUUUCGACGUCGAGGUUGAGAUCGCCAAGUGUUCGUUCACCAUCAAAACGAUGAUGGAAAGUCUGGGUCUAGAGGAUGGCUGUGGAGAAGUGAUACCCCUGACCAACGUGGACUCCAACAUUCUACGGAAAAUCCUACAAUGGGCUAACUAUCAUAAGGACGAACUACAGGCGAAUCCCGAAGACGGCCAACCAAUCGACAGGCGCACCGACAACAUCUGCGAAUGGGACAAGGAGUUCAUGAAAAUCGACAAUCAAACGCUGUUCGGGCUGAUAAAGGCCGCGAACUAUUUGGACAUCCGAGGACUGGUGGCGUUGACAUGUAAGACUGUUGCCAACAUGAUGAAGGGAAAGACAGAGAAUGAGAUUAGGAAAACGUUCAAUAUCCAGAAUGAUCUUACUCCGGAACAGGAGGAACAAAUUCGUAAGGAGAACGAGUGGUGCGAGGAAGUGGAAAUAGUUGAUUAAAAUAAAAAUGUUGU